CGUGUCGUGAAAAGGGGAGGGCCUUCCGCGGACUGUUUUUAUUUAUUUCUUUGUUUCAUGUGCAUAAAACAACAACAAUGGUGGAUAAUUGAAGAAGUGGGAAUAUUAGGAUGAGCGAAUGACAUUUCCAGUUACAGUUACCAGACCGAUAUCACAAGUGAAUCAACAGGGGGAGGAUGAAGCGGCGCAAUGCGGACUGCAGCAAACUCCGACGGCCGUUAAAACGGAACCGAAUCACCGACGGUAUAUAUAGCAGCACAUUUCUGUACCUGAAGUUCCUGGUGGUGUGGGUGCUAGUGCUGCUGGCCGACUUUGUGCUGGAGUUCAGGUUUGAGUACCUGUGGCCCUUCUGGCUUUUCAUUCGAAGUGUCUACGACUCCUUUAGAUAUCAGGGACUGGCGUUCUCUGUCUUCUUCGUAUGUGUGGCGUUUACGUCAGACAUCAUCUGCCUCCUCUUCAUCCCCGUCCAGUGGCUGUUUUUUGCUGCCAGCACCUACGUAUGGGUCCAGUAUGUCUGGCACACAGAGAGAGGAGUCUGUUUACCCACUGUAUCGCUGUGGAUCCUGUUUGUGUACAUCGAAGCCGCCAUACGGUUUAAAGAUCUUAAGAACUUUCAUGUAGAUCUGUGUCGACCAUUUGCUGCUCACUGUAUCGGCUAUCCAGUGGUGACUCUGGGCUUCGGCUUUAAGAGUUACGUCAGCUACAAAAUGCGACUGAGGAAACAGAAGGAAGUGCAGAAGGAGAAUGAAUUCUAUAUGCAGCUUCUACAGCAGGCUUUACCUCCAGAGCAACAGAUGCUGCAGAGGCAGGAGAGGGAGGCAGAGGAGGCUGCUUUGGCUAAAGGGAUCUCAGAGGUAGAACCCUCAGUAAUAUCCCAAAACGGAGCACCUCCUGGAAAGAAAAGCACCCCAGUCCUGUUACCAGAACUGGAGUACCGGGAAAAAGGGAAGGACAGUACUGCAAAAGAGCGUGAGGGAAAAAAACAAAAUACAUUUGGAAUCAAUAACAACAGUAUUAUACACCCACUGGACUCCAAACUACAGGAGACAGAGUAUAUAGAGAACUACGUCGGGGCAAAGAGACUGAAUAACGACCUGGCAGGAGAAAACACACAUGCUGACACCAACACACACACUACUUCUAAAGAGGAUAUGGGGGGCACGGGGAAGAACUACAAAAAUGCCAUCGGAGGCGGGGGUAACAUCUCCAACUCGUCUCCACGGAAUCACAGUACUUCAAAUGGCAGCGUGCCGCCAGGUUCCUCAAAGAAUGAGAAGAAGCAGAAGGGGACGGGGAAGGGCCAGAAGGAUCCAGUGGAGAACUGCAUCCCCAACAACCAGCUGGGCAAGCCGGACGCUCUCGUACGGUUGGAGCAGGACGUGAAGCGUCUAAAGGCAGAUCUUCAGGCCAACAGGCAGUUGGAGUCAGAGCUGCGGAGUCAGCUUUCCUCUCUGAGCAGCCAGGACCGCAGCCUUCGCUCUGAGCUGGGCCAGCUCCGCCAGGACAAUGAGCUGCUGCAGAACAAGCUCCACAGUGCCGUCCAGGCCAAACAGAAGGAUAAGCAGACCAUCUCCCAGCUGGAGAAGAGGCUAAAGGCUGAGCAGGAGGCUCGCGCCCUAGCUGAGAAACAGCUGGCUGAGGAGAGGAAGAGGAAGAAGAUAGAAGAGGCCUCUGCGGCCAGGGCUGUAGCAUUGGCUGCAGCGACCAGAGUGGAGUCGACCGACUCUCUGCGUGGUCGUAUCAGAGAGCUGGAGACAGAGUGUAAGAAGCUCAGCAUGGACAUGAAACUUAAAGAGGAGCAGAUUAGGGAUCUGGAGGGCAAGUGUCAGGAGCUGCGGAAGUAUAAAGAGAACGAGAAGGACACAGAGGUGUUGAUGUCAGCGUUGUCAGCCAUGCAGGAGAAGACCCAGCACCUGGAGAACAGCCUGAGUGCUGAGACCAGGAUCAAACUGGACCUCUUUUCUGCACUGGGGGACGCCAAGAGGCAGCUGGAGAUAGCACAAGGCCAGAUCCACCAGAGGGAGCAGGAGAUCGCAGAGCUGAAGCAGAAGAUAGCAGAGGUGAUGGCAGUGAUGCCCAGCCUGUCCUACUCAUCAGACGGCAGCAACCUCAGCCCCGUCACCCCUCACUACUCCUCCAAGUUCAUGGACAAUAGUCCCUCCUCCCUGGACCCCAACGCCUCAGUGUACCAGCCCCUCAAAAAAUGACUCUGACGCCAACACUGUUGUCAGACAGAACUUUGUCUCUUUCUUUGUUUUGUUGAAGCUCUCUGUUCCAGUUUGGGUUAUUUUUGAAUUUACCAGCCCCUGACAGUUUUUGCACUCCACAUAAUGACACACACACACACACACACACACACACACACACACACACACACACACACAGACACACAGUGCACACAGCCCCUCCAUACAUCUGAGUUUUAGGUUCCUUUUUUUUGGUUCUAUUAUGAGAACUAUUAUUUUGAGGGGGAGGGGGGCGGUUUGUUGAUUUUCGGGAUUUAGCCAUUAGACAGCGAGGUCUGGGUGAAGGGGGAGAAAGGAACACACACUUUUUUGGCCAAAUGUCUACAGAAGCGCCAUCAUGCAUCGCUUCAUGUCAGUCUUCUUUUGGUGUCAGUAUAACCCCCACACCUACAGCUUCUUCUAAAGUGAUAUUUUCUUCUAUAGUGAACUGACAUUCAGGCUUUUAAUUAAAAAAAACAACAACUGGCUUUUCGUGAUGGUUUAUAUUAAGACAGAAGACAUGUUUUCAGUUUGAGUCUGAAACUCGCCUGUAAAGUAAAGCCCUGUGAGAGUUACAUGAAUGUAUAACUAUCCAUGUUUUGCUAUCACCAUUAACUUAAAUCAGUGAUUGUUCGUUUUGUAACAGUUCAUUUCAGUUAUGACAAUGUACAUUUCUUCGAAAAUAGUAAUAUUUAACAGAUAAACGUUUGCUGUGUUCUUCAGAUAUUCCAAUACAAUUUGUUCUCCUAAUGCUGGAAAAGUGAAGUCUCCAGGAUUAUCAGUAAGUGGACAACGCAGAUGUAGUUUUGCCCUAAAAGAAUGCUACUGCUAGAUUCGACCUGGCACUGCCAAAAUGUUGCAUUAACAUUCACCUGUUUGCUGCGGACGCCUUGCCUCUCCCUCUGGACCAAAUUAGAACCCGCCAUAUUAUUCACUGGAUUUAAUGAUGUCGAGGUAACUGGUCGUUACCCGUAUUUGCAGAUUUUACAGUGCCUUGCAGUUUGUCUUUUUAUCUUGCAAAAACCACAUACUUUGCAAUCCUGGGAUCUAAAAGCAUCAAGCCUCAUGGCCAUGUUUCUCACUCUAGCUCAGAUUUGCCAGAUUUUCAUUCGUAGGAGUUAAAAAAUUUCUCACAUUCUGAUCGUUUCAAUGCCGCAUUCAAAGUGUCACCUCAGACGCAUUCAAUCUUUAGAUCACAAUGUUACAGGCUUAAAGGGAAAAGUACAAAAAGUCAUUUCAUGGUGACACGGUCUUGGUAUGCCAGACACCAACCAAACUGAAUUCAUUAUUAUGCCCGAGAGUUGGCAUUUAGUUGUUUACAGCAAUGUACAUUAACUUACUGAGGAAUGUUUUCUUUGUUUAUUUAAUUUAAUUUUUUAAGUGCCAAGUGUUGAUGUUUGGUUUCCAUCCAUACUUUGAUUGAUGUAGCUAGCAUAAUGUUUGCAGAAGAGUGCUGUUAUUAUUAUUAUUAUUAUUAUAAUUUUUUGUCAUUGGAACAUAUUCAUAUAGUGUUGUGUUUACAAGGUUCUGGGCUGAUCAUGAUGGAGCAGCAGGCGGUUGGGCUGAUUGUGUUAUUGACACAUUUAUUUAUUUGUUACAGACUUUUGUUGAGUGGCACCUCCUUGAUAGUUCCCAUCAUAUUCAGUUGAUUUCCUAUAUUUUCUUAACCAGGAAGGAUUCUGUGAAUGUGUUGUGUUGGGAAAAGGUUACCCCUGAACCAUUUGACCAUGUUGUGAUGUCAUGUUGCCUCCCUGGGGGGGAAAAAAAAGUAUUUUUUGUGGAUCGCUCUGGUGUUGUGAAAUCAGUUCUCAAGUUGCUUUUUAUAAGUUUGUGUAGAAGGAAGAAAAGGUUAAAAAAAAGUGCUCUGGUUUCUUUUUCUCAUUGUUCCACCAUGUUUAUUUUCUUUACCCAAAGUGACGGUGUCUGUGUCACACUUUUCACUUUGGCCAUCACUAUUAAAGAAAGUCUUGCUGGUGGCAAUGCAAGCUCUUCA